UUGGGUGAGCUAUUAAAUAGCCGGGACCGGGCCCUGGCAGUGGGAUUUGUUUUGUUGCGGGAUCGGCGCUGCGUCUGGAGCUAAGCGGGUUCGUCUCACCGGCGUCCUUGGCUACUCUUCGGAAUUCCGUUGGUAAUUCCCCUGGACAUGUAGGGGGGUUUUUCCUGUCUUCCCUCCCGGGCAGCCGCCGCUUCGCUCCCUGGUCAUCGGCAGCAGCAUUGCAGCUGGUUUUUGUGUCAUUAGCACGUUAUCUUUCUACAAUGGAAUUUCCAGACUUGGGAAAGCAUUGUUCUGAAAACACUUGCAAGCAGCUGGAUUUUCUUCCUUUAAACUGUGAUGCAUGUCACAAAGUCUUUUGUAAAGAUCAUGUUCAGUUGGAGCAGCAUAAAUGCAGUGCUGCAUAUAAAAAGGAUGUGCAGGUUCCAGUGUGUCCACUUUGUCAUGUCCCAGUUCCAGUAGGAAGGGGAGAAAUUGCAGAUGUUGUGGUUGGACAACAUAUGGAUAAAGACUGUAAAUAUAAUCCAGCUCAGGAAAAAAAGAUUUUUGUACACCGGUGCUCAAAGGAGGGAUGCAAGAAGAGAGAAAUGUUCAAGCUACUUUGUGACCAGUGUAACGACAACUUCUGUAUUAAGCACAGACAUCCUUUGGAUCAUAACUGCAAAUAUAGUGGCCAUCCUAUCUCCAAAGCAGGGUGUGCAGCUAUAAUGAGAGCUUCUAAAUCAUCUGGAGCGUCAAGCCAAUUAUCUUCCAGUUGGCUAGCUCAACGAUUAAGAGGAAAGCAAAAGAGUUGAUGAUCAUUUGACAUUCCUGCUCUCUAACCUGACAAUGAAAGAUUCUGUGCAUUUUUAUAUAAUUUAAAAUACUUUGGGCCUUUUCACAAAAUCUGAAUUAUUUAUUACUUUAUUAACUUUUAUCUGAAAACAUUUUCUUACAUUUCUCAGGGAUAACUGUAAAACUUCAUCAAAAUUGUUUUAGAUAAGUCUUGAAUGUAUAAUCAGCUUCAUCAAUUCCAUUUAGUUAGAAACAGAAGUGGUGUCUCUAAAAUUAUAACUUUGUACAUUUAUACAUUCUUUAUACAUUUUAAUUGUAACUUGAAUUUAUAACUUGAAUUAUAAUCUGUUCUCAGAGUACAGUUUGAUUAUAACUUACAUUUAAAGUUGUGUUAGGAUGCCAUAAAUAGCUAAUUGUUUCUGGUGCCUUUAUGUCUUAAAGUCCAUUCUUGAGCAUUAAGAACUCUUUGUACGUACACUUAGAUGUUUUUGAAUAAAGUGGCCAAAUUUUGGUUCCUUAUUGUUCCUGUUGAUUGAGGAGAGAUUUGAUCAUUAACAUGUGUAUAAAGUAUCAUGCCUUUGUUUUACUAAAGCUUGACUUAGGAAAGUUCCCCUCCCCCCUCCACAACAAUUUAGUAGAGACGUUUUUGACAGACUUUAGAUGUGGAGCCAUUCCUUAAGAAAAAUAAACCAAAAA